CAGUUACCACAAUCGUUCAGUGUUGUCAAUAUACAAAUAUACAAGAAAAACAAAUAAGCACAACAAUGUAGCCUUUGAAAAUUGGAUUUUUGGAAGCAUGUUUCUCGUAAAAAAUGAAAAAUGAGGCAACAGGUAUGUAUAAUGGUGCCAACCUUGCGGAUCUGCAAAAAAGGAAAAGGUUUUUUGAAGAGAAACGUCAACUUGAGAACAAAGCUGCUGGACUUCAGAGAGAAUGCAACAGUGUAAUAUUUAGCAAGAGAAGUGAAUUUCGCAAAGAUUUUCUUGUUUUGGAAGAGCUGAAUGAACAAUACAACGAAAAUGAAAAGAAGGAUGUCGUGAAGUUGAAGCAGCAACUUAUGAUGAUAAAGACGAAGGUGGAAAAGCUUCAACGAAGUCUAACUGAUGUCAAACCAUCUCCAAAAUUUGUUGAAAAACUGAAAGAGAUCAUGGAAAAUAUUGAAAAUUCAAUCAUGAACUUCAAGAAAGAGCAAAGAGAAAAAUUUGAAGAGAUGCUUCGUGAUGAACGUGUGAUAAUGCAAGAACUAACAGCUUCAGUAAAGAAAUUUGAUUCAUGGUCUCGCAAAACACCAGUGGUUGAAUCAACAAAUGCCUUAAAGAAAGCUAGGAAUCAAUCAAACUCAUUACCUCCUGCAAUAGCUGGUUUCGAGAGGUUUUUAAUCCAAACUGGUGGCCAUAAUGGUGGAUGGGAAGAUUUUGAUCACCAGGAAUAUCUGAAACUGAAGCAGCAUAACAAGAUCAAGGUAAAAGAUGAAUUUAUACGGUAUGCAUUGAAGAGCCUUCCUGGUAAAUCAUUUGAUGAUGUUAGACAACAUGACGAUUGGUAUUGUGAGUAUUCGGCGUUGCUGGAGAAAAAGAAACACGCAAUACAACAGUGGAAACAGAAAAAAGAUGCUGAAAAGAUUGAAAAGAUAUCGAAGGUGAACGAAGAUGACAAAAUAGAUGAAAACGAAGAGAAAAAAGCCAAGAUAUUGGAGAAAGAACGUCAGGAAAGAUUGUACAAACUUGAUGCGUGGAAGGCACAACGUGAAUUGGAAAAGAAACAAAGAGAGGAAGAUGAGGCUCGGGCAGAUGAAGAAGCACUUCGACUUCAAGAAAAGGAGGAGAAAAGAAGGCAAGAACUUAAGGAAAAAGUUGAAGAGUACGCUCGUCAUCGCGAGGAAGAAAAACAGAUUAUGAAAAUGGCGGAAAGGCGACGAAAAGAAAUAGAACGAGAGAAAAGACGUCUCGAUUCUGUAGAUAUCUCGCGACUUCAUCAAAGGAAUGAAAAGAUGCUUCAGGAGAGGAAAAUGAAAAUGCAACUUAAAGAAAUGGAAAACGUCGAAAAAGAAAGGCGAUUGGAAAAGUUAAGAAAUCAGGUUGAGGUCCACGUGGAAAGAGAUCCUUCACGAUUGUUACAGUUAACAGAAGGUUUGAAAGAACGAAAGAAGACCCUUUCAAAUCCCCAGUCCAAUGUUCCUGUCGUCUUUAGUAUACCACACAGAGCUGUUCCAUCAUGGCGAAAAGGAUGAUAUGACGAUUUCUGAAGUAAGAUUAUUCUGACAAUGCAAACUUCGUGUGCGCAUGCGUAAUAACAACGUUUAGAGUAAAUAUGAAUACACCACUGGUGCGGUUUGUAAAUUAAAACAGAAAUUGGCUUAUAUUUUACAGCAUGCACUUAUCUGUGAAAAAUAUGUUCGAAACUUUAAAAUUCUACGAAAAUAUAUUUAUCAUCAUUACAAA